AUGGACCUCAUCAUGAACCUCAUUAUGGACCUCAUCAUGAACCUCAUCAUGAACCUCAUCAUGCACCUCAUCAUGCACCUCAUGAACCUCAUCAUGGACCUAAUCAUGAACCUCACCAUGAACCUCAUCAUGGACCUCAUCAUGAACCUCACCAUGAACCUCAUCAUGGACCUAAUCAUGAACCUCACCAUGAACCUCAUCAUGGACCUCAUCAUGGACCUCACCAUGAACCUCAUCAUGGACCUCAUUAUGAACCUCAUCAUGGACCUCAUCAUGGACCUCUUCAUGAACCUCACCAUGGAACUCAUGAGCCUCAUCAUGGACCUCAUGAACCUCAUCAUGAACCUCAUCAUGGACCUCAUGAACCUCAUCAUGGACCUGAUCAUGGAUCUCAUCAUGAAUCUCAUCAUGGACCUCAUCAUGAACCUCAUCAUGGACAUCAUGAACUUCAUCAUAAACCUCAUUAUGAACCUCAUCAUGAACCUCAUCAUGGACCUCAUGAACUUCAUCAUAAACCUCAUCAUGGACCUCAUAGACCUCAUGAACUUCAUCAUGAACCUCAUCAUGGACCUCAUGAACUUCAUCAUGAACCUCAUCAUGGACUUCAUUAUGAACCUCAUCAUGGACCUCAUGAACCUCAUCAUGGACCUCAUCAUGAGGAUACAGACACAGGAUUAG